GAAAAACUCAUGGGAGAAGGAGCUUAGGGUCCGCCAAGGAAGAAACCCAUUUGCAUCUUGGCAGCAUAUUGGGCACCCAGGCUCCUGACAGGCUGCGGCUCACUCCAGCUGGGAUACUCUCAGACCUCCUCCACUCCUUUUAUGCUUCAGCUGACCGCCCUAUUCUCCCUCUGUGCCACUGGUUGCCUGGAGGGUGAGGAUGCUCAGCCGUUUGUCAGGGUUGGCCAGCACUGUCCUGCACGAGCUCUCGGGGGAAGGAGAGGAUGCCGAGACGGCAGUGCCGCCCGCUGGACCAGAAUUGGAAUCCAGCCAGCAGAAUGGGGAGGAGACGCCAGAAGAUGUGCGGGAGCAUCUAACCCACAUGGAGAAGCUGGUGGUGCAGCUGAAGAACCUGGUGCGGGAAAAGGAUGCUCAGCUCCAGCAGAAGGAUGCGAUGCUUCAGGAAGAAAGGCAGGCUGCGGAAGCCAAGCUGCUGAAGCUGAAGCUGCAGGCCAAAGUGAAGGUGGCAAAUCUGAACAAGCGCAUUGAGGAGCUGACAGAAUGUGGAGCGGCUGCGCCUACCAAGGAGCCGCCAGGAGAGCCCCUGCCUCCUGUCCAGGUGAGGCUCCCCACGGUGAGCAUUUCAGCCUCUCCAGGCGGUGGGCAAACUUCCCAGGGUGACCACACGAUGUGCAACAGGCAGGAGGAAGAGAUGGGUCUGCUGAGAAGGCAGUUACAGGAACAGGAAGAAAUAGUGGGGGAGCUCCGAGGACAGCUGGAGGAAGCAACGGAAAGACUCGGUGAAGCCCAGGCCCAGGUCGGCUCCCUGCAGAAGGAAAUGCUGGAGAAAGAGGGUCUCCAUGAAGAACAGGCUCGCCAGCACCAAGCAGAAAUACUGCAGCUGGAGGCCUGGUCAGCUCGUGAAGCAGAAAUGCAGCAGAAUCUGAGGCAGCUGCAGCGAAGAGUGGAGGAACAGGAGGCGGCUCUGCUGGGGAGAACGCAGGUGGUAGAACUGUUGCAGCAGGAGCUGAACAGCAGUGAGGAGGAAAAGCAGAGUCUCCUGAAGAAAUUCCAGGAGGCAGAGACAGAGUUGGAUUCCUCGAGAAGCGCUCUGGCUUCUGUCCAGCAGGAGUCUCAGAACCUGGUAAAGGGGCUGGAGCUGGAGCUGGCAGAGCAGAAGAUGGCCUUCCAGCACACCCAGGAGGAGAUGCAUGCGCUCCGCCAAGAGCUGGCCCACGCGAGAGCAUCCCAGGCUGAGCGAGAGUGGGAGAGGCAGGCUGAGGAGGCGAGGCAUGCCCUGGAGAUGGCAGAGAAGAGCCAGGAAAUGGCCGAGCUCCAGAAGGCAGAGCAGGACCUGUGUUCCAGUUACGAGGCUGUCCAAGCUGAGAACGCCCGGCUGCGUCAGAAGGCGGAUUUACCAUCGGAGUGCUCCCCCGAGGGCUCUUCUGCCUCGCAAGGGGAGCUUCCUGAAAGGCCCACGGAGUUUGGCUUUUCUCAGCCAGAACUGGAAACACUUGCAGCCCAGGUUCUUCCCUUGAGCCAGCCACUUAAUCAAGAAGAUGUAGCAGCACUUCCAGGAGGAAAUGCUGGAGAGCAGGAAGAGGAACCGUACAAGACCACAAGGGCAGCCCUGGAAGCCAGAGAUGGCUUCCUGGGAAGUGACAGCAUGGAAGGUCGAGAGCCACCAGACACCCCUGCCACCUUAACUCAGUCUACUGCAGGCAGGAUCCUUGAGGAGCCAUUGCAUGCCCAAGAGAAUGGACACCCUGAUCUCCUGGAAUACUAUGCUGAGAAGAAGCACCAUGAUCUGUCAGUCUUGCUCGUGGAGCUCCAGGAGGCCCAGGAAGAAAUAGCAUUUCUAAAGGGACAGCUUCAAGUCUCAAGCAACCUGGAGGCUGAUGGAGGACAAUCCCAGGGGAGUGACCCAGAGAGAGGAGCAGGGCCCAUCCAGAGUGAUUCAAGUAGCAGUUCACUGGUCACUGUAGACAUUCAGGAUUCUCCUUCUGUUCUGGGGAUGCUCUUGGGGCAAGAGGACAAUGAAACAACUCAGGGGCCUUCUCUAGACUCUGGGUUGCAGUUAGAGAAGAUGGCAAAGUUAGCGCUUGAAGUCUCUGAACUACAGAGAAGACAGCAGGAAGCAGUGGAACUCCAUGAGAGAGUCUUGGAGGAGAAAGCCGUACAAAUUGGGAAGCUGCAAGAGCAGGUGGAGGGCUCAACCAGGGCUGUGCAUACCUUGAGUGCAGAGAGAGAUCAGCUCCUGUCCCAGCUGAAGGAACUCUGCUUUCUCGCAGAACUGAAGGAUCAGGCGGAAGGCAACCUUGCUUAUUCAGAGGAGCAGCAACUUUCCAACUACGAAAGUGGAAUCUCUCAUCUAGGCUUGUUGAAGGAGCAAAUUCAGAGUUUGAGAAACGAGACCAAAUCCAAGGAUGUGAAAAUCAUUGCUUUGCAAAAGGACCUGGAUGAAGCCCAGCGUCAUCUCUCGGAGCAAGAAAUAUUUGGGAGAAACCUGCUUAGCCAGCUCCAGGAGGAGGAGCAGAAGUCACAGGCACUGAUGGGACAGGUGUGGGAGGCUUCCGCAAGGGCUGAGGAGCUCUCCCAGACCCUCACCUUGAAGGAGCUGGAGGCCACCAAACUGGCGAAACUCCUCUCUGAAAACUCGGUGGAGGUGGAGAGGCUCCAGCAGGAAGUGGUGGAGCGAGAGCAGCGGAUGACCGAAGUCAGCGUUGGCAUGUCUGACAGGAUGGUGCAGCUAAACGAGGAGAAGUUUAUGCUGGGGAAAGAGCUGAAGAGUGUGAUGGAGCAGUUGAGUGUGUUGCAGCAAGGAAAGGAGACCAGAGAACAGGCUGUGGAAACAGAGGAGGAACAGCAGCCAACGGAGGUGUUGCCCCCCAGUGAAGAAGUGGAAGCGUUAAGGAAGGAGAAUGAACUUGUGAGGAAGAAACUGCAAGCCGCACUUCUCAGCAGGAAGGAGCUCCUGAGCAGGGUUCGCCAACUGGAGCAGGAAGGGAAAGGUAGGAGAGAACCUCUAGCCGAGACCCAGGAGAAUGAAGGAGUAGAACGUCCCACUGAGAGUGACGGGCUCAAUGGUGGCACAGGGCAUCCGGUAAGGCGAGGCAGGGCUGCCUCUCUGAGCCAGUUGCUCUCUGCAAAGGAAACCACGUCACAGACCACCUCUGGGGAAAGGGAAUGCACCUGGCAGCGGACUGUGAUUACAGAGUUGCAGCAAAGUCUACAGCAGAAGGACCUCCUUAUAAGUACCCUGCAGGCUGAACUCAAAGACUGCAAGUUGGCCCCUGAGAAACAGACUCCCAUGGAUCAGAAUGCAGAGGGGUCCAGUUCAGCAGUUUCUGGGGCAGGUGAGACAAGCAGCAAAGCUGGCCCUGGCCCAGAAGGAGAAAACAGGACUGUCCAGGAAGAGUUCUCAGCUCUGGUCCAGGAGAGAGAACAGCUCCAAAAGAAGCUCCAGGAAGCUCUGGUCUCACGCAAGGACACCAUCAAGAAAGCCAAGGAGAAGAAUCGUCAUCACCGGGAGCUACUAAAGCAGCAGAAGGAUGACUACAAUCUCCUGCAAGAGCAAUUUGAGCAGCAAAGCAGGGAGAAGGAGAGCCUGCAGGACCAGCUUCAGGCACUGUCCAAGACUCUGGAGAGCUGCUCUCCUCCAAAACCUGCUGGAGAGGCUUCUCCUGAGGGACCGGCAUCAGGGCUUGUGCAGGAGUUUGGCCAGGAGGCCUUUGCAGAACGCACUUCCUUGGCAACUGAAGGCUUAGUUGUGGGACAGCUAAAGGCAGACUUUGAGAAACUUCAGGCUGAGAAAGGAGAAGUGGAAGCCCAGAUCAGGCAUCUGGAAGGAGAGCUUGACAGCAAGUCUGAGGAGACUCUGCUCCUCCAGGAAAAGGUCAAGCAACUUCUUGCUGAAGUGGAGAUGGCCCAGGCUGCCUGCAGUCAGGCAGAAGCCAGUGUGGCAAGCCUGAAGCUGGAGUUGCAGGAGAGCCAAGCAGAAAUCGCCAGGCAGGAAAGCCUGAGAUGUCAUCAAGAGCAGAAGGAACUCAGCAGCAGUGAAGAAAUCAAAGGCCUUAGCUCCCAGUUAAAAGACCAAAACGAAUCUCUGUGUGGCCUCCAAGCUGAGUUGCAAGAGAAGGAGAAUAUGAUCAAAGUGUUGCAAGGGCAGCUGGAGCAAGCCCAGCAGCUGCAGGCUGAGCUGCAGCAGAAAUCAGCGGGAGAACCUGCAGAGAGCCAGCCCAAGGCCCAGCUGCAGAGGAAGCUGCAGGCAGCCCUCAUCUCCCGGAAGGAAGCGCUGAAAGAGAGCAGGGUGCUCAGGGAUGAGCUAGCCAGCACCAAGGCCUCUCUCGAAAGCACCUCUCUCCACCUGCUAGAUGUAGAGUCUCGGGUGUCUGAGCUGGACAAGGAGAAGAUGGUCCUUUUGGAGAAAUUGGCGACCCUCAGGGAGGAGCGGGAGAAACUCAUUUCAGCAGUGGACAAAGCCUUGGUGGAAAACCAGAAUAUAACUGGUUCCUGCGAGAGCCUGAAAUUGGCCCUGGAGGGGGUGACUCAGGAGAAGACAAGACUGGAGAAGGAAAUGGGCUCUCUGCGGCAUACGCAGGCCCAGGAGCUCUCUGAGUGGCAGAGGAAGCACAAGGAACUGCAGAAGGAGUAUGAGACCCUCCUGCAGUCAUACGAGAAUGUCAGCAAUGAGGCUGAGCGGAUCCAGCGGGUGGUGGAGAGUGUCCGGCAGGAGAAGCAAGAGCUCUUCCUCAAACUGAAAGAUGUAGAAGCUGAAAAGAAGGAAGGGGAGGCACGCCUGCAGGGAGCUGAACAGGAGAUGGAAGGAAUGAGGGAGAAGAUGAGGAAGUUUGCAAAAUCCAAGCAGCAGAAGAUCUUGGAACUAGAGGAAGAGAAUGAGCAGCUGAGGUUGGAAAUUCAUCCUGUGGAUGGUAGACAGGGUGGGACACAUUCUGGUCUUCAAGAAGAGCUGGAGACCUCCAAGAAGAAUUGCCAGGCUCUUUCUGAUCAGCUGAAAGUGCUGAUAGCUGAAAAGGACUUUCUGAACCAGGAAAUCCAAGAUUUGAGGCAGACUUUGCAAAACAAGGAAGACAGAACAGAUCUGAGCAGCAUCCAAGAGGAGAUGGUGGGCAAAAAUAAGGCAGUCAGUUCCACCAUGAUGUCAGAGGAGGUGGCUGAUGAACAAGGAGAUCCAAAGACAGGUCCUGAACUUCUCACAGCCACUGCCCUGAGCCUUGAGGACAAGAAGGAAGAUCUCAGCACAGUUAGCCCUUUGUGUGAUGAAAGAAUUGGGGAUAGUCAGCAAGUGGCACAGCUCCAAGAGCAAGUGGCACAGCUCCAAGAGCAAGUGGCAGCACUAGAAGAGAAGGGGAAGAUGGCGGCAGAGGAAAUGAGUAAGUCCCAUAGGGAUUUGGAGGCUCUGAAGGAAGAGAAAAAAGGCCUGGAGGACUUACUGACUGUGAAAGGCCAGGAACUGGAAGCUCUUCAAGAAAAGAUCAAAAUGGAGGAAGUGUGUGGGCAAACCAAGGAACAGCUGACUGAAGUGUUGAUGCUGAAAGAAGCUUUGGAAAUUGAGAAGGAUGACCUCGAAGAGAGGCUUAUGAACCAGCUGGCAGAGUUGAAUGGGAGCAUCGGGAACUAUCAGCAAGACAUAGCAGACCUGGAGAGCAAAAACCAGCAGCUCCUUGGUGAGGUGGAAAGUCUUCAGGGGGCCCUGAGCCGCCUGGAAGAUGAGAAGCGGCAUCUAUUGAGAGAGAAGUUUGAGGUGGAAGCAGAGAAGAAAGAGAAUAUGGAAAAGGUAAAGAGCACCUGGAAGGAAGACAAUGGCCGGACUCAGACCAAAGAACUUCAGGAAUUGUUGAAAGAGAAACAGCAAGAAGUGAGGCAGCUGCAAAAAGAUUGUAUUAAAAGCCAGGAGAAGAUCAGUGGCUUGGAGAGAACCAUCAAGGCCCUUGAGUUUGUUCAGAGUGAGUCCAAGAGGGAGCUGGAGGCCACCAAGAAGAGCAUGGUAGAGGCAGGGGAGAACACCAAGAAAGUCCAAGCUGAGUUGGCUUCCUGCAAAGUCUUGCUGGACGAUACUCAGAGUGAAGCUGCCCGAGUUGUGGCAGAGAGUCUGAAGGUGAAAGAGGAGCUUCAGGCAACCAAGGCUCAGGUCAGAAGUCAGCUCAGUCAAAAAGAGAAGGAGCUUGAGAGACAUUUGGAACAAGAGAAGGUCAAGCACCUGAAGGAGAUCAGGAACAUGGAAGAGAGGUUGGAGGCCCUGCAGAAAAAGCAGGUAUAUGCAGAGGAGUCAGCACGAGACCUCCAAGAGUCCCUGCACCAAAAGGACCAGGAAGCCAAGCAGCUUCAAGGCAGCUUGAACCACACCUUAGCCCAGCUGGCAGCCUUCACCAGAAGCAUGUCCUCCCUGCAGGAUGACAGGGACCGGGUGAUAGAUGAGUCCCGGCAAUGGGAAAAGAAGUUCAGUGAGGCCAUUGAAAAGAAGGAGCAGGAACUCUAUGCUAGAGAACAGGCCUGCGCUGCCUUGCAAGAGCAGACCAAGAAGAUGGCUCUUCAGGUGGAAGACCUGCAAGGCCUCAUUGCCAGCCUGGAACGCAACAAAUUAGUCCAGGAGUCCCAUGCCCAGAAGGAGCUCCAGCAUCAUCAAGAAGAAGUGAGAUUGCUUCAAGAAGAGAACAGCAGACUUGAACUUCAGCUUGAAGAGGUCCAGCAGUUACUGGGCAACUCCCAGAGCCAGGUUCUCCAGCAAGGGGGAGAACUUGGGUCUCUGAGAAAGCAGCUGGCUGAUCUGCAGGACUCCUUUGAAAACUGUGACAAAGCACGUGUUGAAAUGGCAAAGAUGGCAAAGAGCCAUGAGGCCGGUCUUCAGGAUUACAGAUUCAGCCUUGAGCAGUUGGAGGCUGAUCUGCAGGCAUCCAAGGAGCUGACUGAUAGGCUCCAUGCAGAGAUGAGCUUCAAGGAGCAGAAGAUUGUCAGUCUUGUGGCUGCCAAGGAAGAGGCUAUCGCUGGAGCCGUAUUAGAAAUCCAGCAGCAGCACAAGGAAGAGUUGAAGGAGUUGGAGAACCAGAUUGCCAAGGCCGAAGUCGAGAAGGUGGCCUUGGAAGCCAACAAGGCAAAAGCUCAGGAGAAAGUUAGUAGUCUCAUGGAGAAGUUGAAAAAUACCCAUGAGGAGAGCAAGCAGCACAAAGCCCAGCUGGAUUCCUUCACCAAAUCAAUGUCUUCCCUGCAAGAUGAUCGGGACCGGGUCCUGGAAGACUAUCGGCAGCUGGAACAGCGCCACCUGGCAGCCAUUUUAGAGAAGGAUCAGCUAAUCCAGGAAGCAGCUGCAGAGAAUAAUGCACUGAAGGAGGAACUUCGGAGCCUGCACGGUCAGAUGGAUGACUUACAUGCAGAGAAUGCAAAGUUGGAUGCUGAACUGGUACGGUAUCGGGAAGACCUGAAUCAAGUCAUAUCCAUCAAGGACAAUCAGCAGAAACAGCUGCUUAAAACCCAAAUUGAGCGUAUCCAGGCCCUGGAAAAGGAGAAGGCAGGUGUGGAAGGCCAGCUGCAAGAGUCUGAACUUAGUUUGGCCAACCUACAGCUAACUGUGGAGGCCCUGCAGCUGGAGAAACAUAAUCUGGAACAAGAAGUGAAGGCCCUCAAAUCUUCCCUCUCCCAGGUGCAAAAUGAGAUACUGGCGCUGCAGGAAGGUGGUCCCAUGCUGGAGCUGCAGUUGCAGUUGCAGGACCAAGUGGAUGAAGUACAGAAAUUGGGUGGCCAGCUUUUGCUGUCAAAACAGCAGGUGGCGGAACUUGAAGAGGAGCUGUCUCAUCUUCGUCAGACCACCUCCCAGAAAAUAUAUGAAGCUGAAGCCAAGAUGAAAAAAGAGCUCAAGAGCCUCCAUCAUGACACUGGACUCCUGCGGAAUGAGACUGAGACAGCCGAAGAACGGGUGGCAGAACUGGCCAAGGACCUCCUGGAAAUGGAGCAGAACCUCCUUGUGGUCACGGAGGAAAACCAGGAUUUGAAGGCCCAAAUCCAGUCCUUCAAGAAAGCAAUGAGUUCUCUCCAAGAUAGCUGGGACCGGUCUAAUGAAGAACUGCGUGCCAUGGAAAAGAAAUAUGCUGGAGACUUGGAAGAGCAGAGGCAGCUGGUUCAAAACCUCCGUGAGGAGAAGCUUCAGUUUCAGGAGGUGCAAAAAACCCUGGAGAGGCAGAGGGAUAGCCUGACCUCCGAACUUGCUGCUUUCCGAGACCCAAAGGAAGGGAAGGGCCUGUUGGAGAAGCUGGAGAAGCUCAACCAACAGCUUGAAUCCAAAGACUCGCAACUUGUUUACCUGUCAUCUGAGCUGGAAAGGGCCUCUGGCCAAGUGAAGUCCUUCUCCCAGGCCAUGGCAAGCCUGCAGGCUGAGCGAGACCGUCUGCUGAGUGAACUGGACAAAAUCCGCAGAACGGAGGAGGUGAAGCUGCAAUCAGCCGCUGGCCCAUCUGCCAGCCUGGCCGAAGUGCCAAGCCUCAAGAAGGCACUGUCAUCCCUGCAGAACGACCGAGACCGGCUGCUGGUAGAGCUGAAGAACCUGCAGCAGCAGUAUCUCCAGAUGGGGGUGGACACAGCCGAGAUGAUGCGCUUGAAGGCCCAGCUCCAGCAGCAGAAGCAAGAGUUGGAGCAACAGCAGCAGCUCCAGGAGAAGCUGAGGCAGGAGAGGGCCUCCUGGCAGUUGGAGCUCCACCAACUCAGGGAAGAAAAGGCAGCCUGGGAGCAGGGCAAGCAGCAGACCCCACCCAGUGCUCAGGGUAUGGAGAAGCAGCACCAAAGACAGGGUGCUCCAGGGGCAACUGGCCCCGGCAGAGAUGUGGCUGGCCAGGCGGCAGCCUUGGAGGAUCUCCAAGCCCAGCUGGGGAGCAGCUUGAAAGGCCUGCAUCAGAAGGAGCUGCGCAUCCAGCAGCUGAACAACAAGCUGUCGCAGGUCUUUGAAGAGAAGAACGCGCUCGCCCUGCAGCUCCGGGGCAGCAGCCGCAGCCUCCGCGAGAGCCAGCAGCGCCACAGCGAAGCUCUUGCCCGCUGCGAGGCCUUUGAAAAGCAGCUGCGGGAAUUGCAGCUUCCGGCGAAGACUGGGGGACCCGUCCCGACCGACGCUGCUCCUGGGGCCCCCCAGGAAAAAGAUGAGCUGUCUGGAGAGAGCAACCCGCGAGAGCUGCAGGACCUGCAGAUGCAGCUCUCGGAGGCCAAACAGCAGCAGAGCAGUGCCAGGCAGGGCCUGAUGCAGCUUCAGCAGCAGCUGGAGGAAGAGCGGGACCGGCGCCUGGCAGCCGAGGAGGCUUGCUCUGCAGCCCAGGAGCAGAUCCGCAGGUUGGAGUCCGAGGAGUGGGCACACUCUCUGCAGACCAGCAUCGCGAUGCCUCCCGGCCAGGAACACGACCCGCUUCUAGAACCUGCAGAGGGCUCCUUCAGCAAGGCUCGAGGGGGCAAGGGGCUGCAGCGUGUCCUGCGCUCCGUCUUCUGUCCCCGGCGGCUCCUGUCCCUGCUGGCCACCGUCUACCUCUUCGUUAUCCACGUGCUGCUUUUCCUCCACGUCGUAGGCCGCUUGUGAGAGGAGGGAUCUGUGGCCCUAGCUGGGGCACAGGCACUUGGGUGAACUGUGGCCCCCUGUGCCUGGGGGACCCUGCUGGGCUGGGCACGAGGGAGCUCACAGGUCACACGCAGCCCAAUGGUCAGGAGCAGCCCGGAGGAAUCCUGACAGAGGGAGGCAGAGUUGGGGUGGGCUUUAGGAGCCAGACCUUUGUGACUGCGGGGUUGUGUGUCUCCUCCACAGGGAGCCCUAGGGCUUCCCCAGCCUGGAAUCAGGGCAGCAGCGUUAAUUCACGGUCUGAGUUAAUUUGGGUGGAAGGGAUGGAGCGAGGAAGAUGCCCACCCCCCUUCUUCUUGGCCUUAAUCGUAAUUAGCUGAGGUGGGACCCCCUGCGGGGAAGACCAGAGUUCUGCCGGCGCUGCUCCUCCGCCCCUUCGCCUCCCUGCACGGGCUGGGAUGGGGGGGGGGGGGGGGGGGGGCAAGCAGGCUUGAUUUAACUUCUUGCUUGCAGCAAGGAGAAGUUCUCUCUUCCUGCACGGUUUGUGCGCCACUGUUUUAGCACCUGGGGCUGGAAACGUUGCCCCCCAGGGAAGGGAACCCUCUGUUCUGUUCUGCCUUAAAGGGCAAGGAGGAGGGAAGUGCCUGUCUGAGGCCCUGGAACCGGGCUCUUGCACUGCACUGAGGAGGGAGGCCAGGCUGGGGCAGCAGGCGGGGCAGCACGCCACCUUCCAGUCCCAGGACCUCUGGAGACAGAGGUUGUCCAGCAAGCCCCGGGGGCCAGAUAUUAGAGCAGAAACCUGCUUCCCCAGCUUUAAGGGGGCCUGGGUUACGUGGCAGGGAAUUCCCUUUCUGGUUACUUGGGAAAAAGACCUUUCCUUCUGGCGUGGCCUGGGAUCUCCCUCUCAGACCCUGUUCGCACUUAAUGAGGUGCUCCCCGUGGUCUGUGGGGUGCCCUUUAUCUACUAGAUCCAGCCUUCUGGUUCUCUGAGACCCUUUUGUUGUGCAAUAAAGAUGUUUAUUUUUCUGA